AUGUCUGAAGCUCGUGGUAAUAAUGGGCCGCAUUCAGCUGAUGUAGGUCCAUCGGGAAGGAAGAUAAUUUAUGAUAAGGAUGGGAAACCCUGUCGCUCGUGUAACACGUUGUUAGACUUCCAGUUUGUAUCGAAGACAGUAUCACCAACCCCGCAGUCGGAGAAGGGCAAUAUUGAGGGCUCUAAGGUGUAUAAGAAGGUUGAUCCACCUGAUGUCGAACAACUUGGACGGUCGUCGUGGACGCUAUUACAUACAGUAGCGGCCACGUAUCCAGAAGUACCCAGUGAUCAUCAAAAAAAGGAGAUGAAUCAGUUCAUGAAUAUAUUUUCACAUGUAUAUCCUUGCUCUUGGUGUGGUAAGGACUUUGAAGACUACAUUAGAAAUAAUGCACCUAAAGUUGACUCUAGGGAAGAACUAGGGAAAUGGUUAUGUGACGCCCAUAAUGAAGUCAACGAGAAGCUUGGUAAGGAGAAGUUUAAUUGCGAUCUUUGGAAGAAGAGAUGGGUAGAUGGCUGGAAUUAA